CUUGGCCGAAAUCCUUCUUUCUUAGGCCCAAGUUAAAUUUGCUUCUUGCACCACUAUUUUAACAAUCAUGGGUGAAGAAGAAUACUUGAAACAGUCGUCGCGCUUAGGGAACUUGGAUCGUCCACAAGUAGCCAUCUUGGACUUUGGGUCCCAGUACUCCCACUUGAUUGCCCGUCGCGUCCGCGAACUCCACGUUUACUGUGAACUCUACAGUUGCCAGGUUGACGCCGCCGAACUCGCCCAACACCAACUGACGGCCGUCAUUCUUUCCGGCGGUCCGAAUUCCGUGUACGAAGAAGGCGCACCGCAUGUGUCUCCAGAGACCUGGAAACUUAUUCAAGAUCGACGUAUUCCCGUCCUCGGAAUCUGCUACGGUAUGCAGGAAUUGGCACACGUAUUUGGAGGCCGCGUGGAAGCAGGUCUCAAACACGAGUACGGCAAGGCCAUGGUACACCGGGUAGAAGGCUGCGAUUCGCAGUUGUUUGCCGACAUGCCCAGCGAAUUUCAAAUGUGGAUGUCACACGGAGACAAGUUACAUGCCGUACCGGACGGGUUUAAAGCCGUCGGCGCGACAGCCAACGCCGAAUACGUUGCGAUUGAAAACUUGGCCACCCGCAUGUGGGGACUCCAAUUUCAUCCCGAGGUCACGCACUCGCCUCUGGGGAAAACGUUGCUCCGAAAUUUCGUGAUCACCAUUGCUGGUGCCACACCGGAUUGGGUCAUGACGGAUUACGCACAAGAGUUUAUCGAAGAAGUCCGGGCCAAGGUAGGACCGGAUGGUCACGUUUUGGGAGCCGUCAGUGGUGGAGUGGAUUCGACUGUGGCUGCCGUACUUAUGACGAGGGCAAUUGGUGAUCGCUUUCACGCCGUGCUCGUUGACAACGGCUGUCUGCGCAAGGACGAAGCCAGUGCCGUGCUCAAGCGGAUGCGGGAAGACUGUGGCGUCAAUCUACGCUGUGUGGAUGCGAGUGACAGGUUUUUGGAUCUACUCAAGGGAGUGACGGAUCCGGAAAAGAAGCGAAAGAUAAUUGGUGGAACAUUCAUCGAUGUGUUUCAGGAAGAGGCUGCAAAGAUUGAACGAGAAAGCGGCCCUUGUCAGUAUUUACUGCAGGGAACAUUGUACCCUGAUGUAAUUGAGAGUAUCUCCUACAAGGGACCGUCGGCGACGAUCAAGACACAUCACAACGUUGGUGGCCUCCCAGCUUCAAUGAAUUUAAAACUAAUCGAACCGCUACGGGAACUCUUCAAGGACGAGGUGCGAGAGCUCGGCAUGGCCUUGGGCAUUGAUGAAGCUAGCGUCUGGCGGCACCCCUUUCCCGGUCCAGGUCUGGCCAUUCGCAUAAUUGGGGAAGUAACGGCCGAACGCGUCAAAAUAUUGCAAGAAGCUGACGCCAUUAUGAUUGAAGAAUUGUGGCGUUCGGGACAUUAUCGUGCGAUUGGACAAGCCUUUGUCGUUCUGUUGCCCGUUAAGUCGGUGGGGGUCAUGGGCGACGGUCGCACGUAUGAGAACGUCGCAGCGGUCCGUUGCGUGGAAACCACUGACUACAUGACGGCCGACUUUUACCAUUUGCCAUACGACGUAAUGGGCACAAUGAGCUCACGCAUUAUCAACGAAGUGCGGGGCAUCAAUCGCUUGUGUUACGAUAUCAGUUCCAAGCCGCCAGCAACAAUUGAAUGGGAGUAAAGAGAAGAGGUUGUUCUGUUCUUUGGUUAUCGUUCCUAGACUUGAAAAUCAUGUGUUUUUCACAGCUAGGUAAUACCGAUACAGGAAUGGAAUGGAUAUAUUUAGCUUUGAUCCUGUUUCAUAGCUGGAGAGGCAACUGAUACGACUCCUUACAUUAGUUUUGACCCUGUUACCUGUGUUCUGAAAUGUUGCUGGGGUUUUCUCCGUCGCCAGCCAGACGGGAGUCCAUGCGCUGUUGUUCGUGACAGCUGACAACUUAUUGACGCAAUAGCAAAGUGCGAGGAGGAGCACUGACCUACAAUAGCCUCACCAUAUGAUUCUUUAUUGCGUACCAGAGAAUUCUCAUGAAUCCAGUACUAUAAUUGACAAAAAUGCUUCG